CCAAACAUGCAGGUGAAGGUCCAAUCAUGCCCACAGCUAAUUUCCUUUAGCAUCACAAAUCCAAGGACAAAGUAGUCAUUCCAAUUCAAAUCAAUCAACCCAUGAAAACUGCUGGCCAAAGCCUCUGGUUUUUCCCAAACUUUGGGCACCAAAUCCAACCCAUCUCUUGCUAUAAAACCAGCCCACCUUGACUUCAACUUCUUCAUCACAAGAUUCACAACACAAACACUUUGAUUUAGACAGAGAUCUUCAAUAACCAUUCGCCACUCAGAAUCAGUUCUUUUUAUUGUUGAUUGUUGUUUUGAGUUUUGGAGAAAGAAAAUUAAGAAGAUGAGUCAUAUGGGGAAAGCUUGGAUGGUGGCAGCAAGUGUGGGAGCAGUGGAGGCACUCAAGGAUCAGGGCUUUUGCAGAUGGAAUUACACCAUGAGGUCUAUUCACCAGCAUGCCAAGACCAACCUCAGGUCCUUUUCUCGGGCCAAGAAGCUCUCUUCUUCCUCUUCUGCCAUGGUUUCUAGCAGAGUGAGAGAUGAGAAGGCAAAGCAGUCAGAGGAGUCCUUGAGGACUGUCAUGUACCUGAGCUGCUGGGGGCCCAACUGAGGAAUAAGAUCUGGCCGGGUAUGAAGAUGAUGAUCAUCCUACCACUGAAUCAUCCAUGGAGGGCAUAUCCCAAGAAAGUGAUGAGAACAAUCUUAGUUCCCUACUUCGCUCUCUCAAGCUAAGAGCCUCUCUUCUUUUUCUUCUUCUUCUGAUAAGACGGGUGCAAACAAUGGCGGGGAAGAUGAGAAAAGGAAGAAGAAGACACAGAAAACAUUGGGAAAAGUCAUGUACUUGAGCUCCUGAGUCCCCCGUGAAGCAAUGGAUAGAGAUUUUGGGACGUGAUGCAAGAGUGAAAAAUUUGUAGAGAACCGCAGAUAGAUAUGAUGAUAUUGAUUUCAAUGUGUACUUCCAAAAAAAUGAUAUCAAAUUUCAGAUUUAUUAUCAUAA